UUCACUGCUUUAAUUUGUUUAAGUUUUCCUGAAGAAGCGCUUCUUUUCGCUUUUGUCAUGUGACUUUAUUCACAGAUUUAGCACACAUGAAAACAGGUCAGCGAGGCACAUUAAACAAACACACAGUGUUCAAACGCAGGCAGAAUGAAACUUCGCUGUGCUCUCAGUAAUCUUCCACAGUUAUUUCAGAUGGACAGCGUUGAGCAAAAUGACCGGCCACGCUCCAGGCAGCUUGUUCUCGCACACGCCCUGGACGAAGCACAGCUGGAUCUCCUCGGGCAGAGGCUAGAAAAGAAGUGUCUGUCACUUUCGGAGAGGGUAAAGUCACAAUGUCGGUGUUCUGGUUCCAGGAUAAAAAGCUUCGUGCUGGAGGUUAUUCCCGUCCUGUCAUGGCUCCCUCAUUACUCCGUUAGACACAACGCCGUCGGAGAUCUGGUGUCUGGCAUCAGCGUUGGGAUCAUGCAUCUACCCCAGGGUAUGGCCAAUGCCAUGUUGGCAGGAAUUCCUCCAGCAUUUGGUCUGUACGCUUCUCUUUAUCCUCUGAUCGUCUACUUCAUCUUUGGCACUUCCAGACACCUCUCCAUCGGUACCUUUGCUGUCCUGUCCAUCAUGAUUGGGACUGUGACAGCUAAUGUGGAGUUGCUUAGCGACGGUGAUGAAGCAGCUGUUGAAGCAGCCAAAGUAAACGUAACGGUGCAAGUCACUUUCCUUUGUGGCCUAAUACAACUCCUUUUGUACCUGCUGCGGGGAGGUGUUGUGUGCCGCUGGCUGUCGGAUCCUGUAAUCAGAGCCUACACCACAGCAGCCGCCCUGCACAUGAUCAUCGUACAGCUGCCGCUAAUGACAGGAGCACCAGUACAGAAACAUACUGGACUGCUGGCUUCACCUAGGACUUUCAUAGAUGUUCUGUAUGGAGUGACCAAUGCUGUAACAGGAACUCUGUUAGUCUCUUUGGUUUCUUUGGUGAUGCUCAUCGGAGGCAAACUGCUGAAUGAGCGGUUUAAGAACAAACUGCCUGUCGCCAUACCAUGGGAGCUUAUACUGAUUGUUCUCAGCACCCUCCUGUCAGUACAGAUGGAUCUGGCUGGACAGCACAGAGUCCAGGUGGUGGGACACAUACCCAGUGGCCUGUCUCCCCCAGCUCUUCCCUCCUUGUCUCAGUCCAGAGAGCUUUUCAUUCCAGCUCUGUCCUUGGCUUUGAUUGGCUUCAGUUUCCUCUCAGCCAUGGGCUCAAUGUUUGCCAACAAACAUGGCUACUGUGUGGACCCGAGUCAGGACCUGCUGGCGCUGGGUCUGUGUAACACCAUUGGAGGGAUGUUUCAGUGCUUUGCUGUCAGCUGCUCCUUUUCUCGCAGCAUGGUCCAAGAAAGCAUCGGUGUCAAAACACAGAUGGCUGGUCUGGUGUCAGCUUUGUUGAUUCUGACAGUCUUGUUGGAGAUUGGUUAUCUCUUUGAGCAGCUGCCAAAGGCAGUGCUGGCAGUGAUUAUCGUGGUGAACCUUCAGGGCAUACUGGCUCAGUUCAGAGAUGUGCGUCUGCUCUGGAAAUCUGACAGAUUAGACCUGCUCGUGUGGAUAGUGUCACUGACUUCCACCUUCAUUUUUAACCUGGAUCUGGGUCUGGCUGUGGCUGUCGUCUUCUCUAUGGUCACACUCCUUUACAGGACACAACACUCCACCACUGUUGUUUUGGGUCACAUUCCUGGUACAGACUGUUACAGAGAUGUGGAGCUCUACCUUGAGGCGAAGCAAAUUCCAGGCGUGACGAUACUCACAUGUUCAAGUCCACUUUACUUUGCCAACUCUGAACUGGUGUUCACAAAGAUAAGACAGACGGUGAAUCAUGGUCAGAAGGAAAACUCAGCUGGAGUUCACAUCGCUGCUUCUUCGGUUUCUUCCCCCCCAGCGCAGACACACAUGCACACCUACUGCUUGGUUCUGGAUCUCAGCUCUGUUACCUUCAUGGACUCUGUGGCCAUGACGGCACUUUGCAAGGUUGUAGAAGUCUUGGACAUCCAGGGUGUCGGUGUUUUUCUGGCAGCUUGCCCAGAGAAAGUUUUAUCCCAGCUCCAGACUCAGGGUUGUAUACCAGACAGCCUGCCCCGCUCCUGUCUCUUUCCAUCGGUCCAUCAUGCCGUCCAGCACUGCCUCACCAUCCUACCCAGGUCUCUGGAGGAAAUCAACUCGGACACAAGCGUUUGUUAAAACAACAAAGGGACAAUAAUUCUGCAUAAAGCAGACCCCAAACACAACCCUGGGGUGGACGGCGUCCAUUUAUUUUUGACAGAAAUGCUCUUUUGCAUUUGCAUGUUGCACAUUUCCCAGGUUGGCUUUUCUCAGUCUUUGCUUUUUUGUAUUUCCACAAAUAAAUGUAACAACAAAUGUAUUCACCAUUUCAUGCUAUUAUUAAACAUUCUGAAAUUUUGCUGAUUUUCAAGGCAGAGUGAAAAGUUUGAAUCUCCUGGUUUUGAGCCUAGUACACCUGCUGCUCCGCAGCACUAUCUGUCACACCAGAAAGGACUCAAACCCAAACAUCCUAGCUUUGAAGAGAAGCGCCUUAUCCAUUAAGCUGUUGAGACUUGAGAAUACCUGAUGACAAUGCAGACACAGAGCACUGAUGGGCUUAUUCAUUAACCGAGGCAACAGUGUUCUUAUAGUUUUUCUCCGUCGCUUUGGUGCUUUUCUCACAUCACUAUUAACAUUAAAAUGCUCACGACAGCACUAUGCACUUUUUGUACAGCCAUUUACAGUAAAAUCUACAGUAAAGUUAAACAUUCCUGUAGUUAGGGAAGUAAGUGAGUACAAGACACUGAAUACGUAUGUUUCCCAUUUUUACUGUGUAGGCUGUUUGUAAUUCUACAACAUUGUGCAAAAGAAAAAUACUCUACAGUCACUUAUUUAGAAUAAACAUAAGAAACACCCUUUUGGAAGAGCUGUGCACAAAUGUGAACAAUAUAACAGUACAUAUUGUAACUGAACAUAAGUAAAUCAUUUUGGCACAUCCAGACGUUCCCGUCUGUCUGGCUACAUAUUUUCAUCUACAUCACAAUGGAUACCAUUCCUUGCAAUGCAGCGAGGAAAAUAUCACCUGUAGUGGCGAAUCCACCCUCUGCAUGACUCAGCUGUGAUGUCAUCACAUGCUGCAUCCAUGGCUGCUAGCAGGGCCAUUUGCGCAUGUGAAUGCCGGUCAUAAACCUUCCACCUCCAGGCAGAGAAAAACUCCUCUUAUUAAGGAAUGGGGGAGUAGGGAGGGAGAAAUUCAACCAGCAUUAUGUCAUGUGCUGCAAACCACUGUCUGACCAGAUAUGAGUGGUGAAAACGGAUAUUAUCCCACACAACGACAUACUUGUUAAGUUGGUCUCAACCCCUCUCAUUCUCAGGGACUAUGUCCCUGUAAAGAGUGUCUAAAAAAGUCAGGAAAUGUUGUGUAUUGUAUGGACCAAGAAGGAGAAUAUGGGUGAGGAUGCCAUUGUCUGAGAUGGCUGCACACAUUGUAACAUUCUCUCCACACCGGCCUGGGACAUCGGUGGUUGCUCCCUGUCCAAUGCGAUUUCUUCCACGCCUUCUGCCUUUGGCCAGAUUGAAACCCGCCUCAUCAACGUAUAUGAACGUGUGCAGUGGUUCCUCUCCCUUUAGAGAGAGAGAGAAAAUGGAACAUCUUUUCCUGUGUAACAUAAUGCAUUUUGUAUGUUCUGUGAUUAUAUAUACAAAAUUGCUAGACUACUGCAUGAAACUACACAAAGUAAAACAGUUUACAGUGCUGAAGGUUAGAGUAUACAUAGAAGACAUGUUUUACCUGUACAUACUAGUGACGGAUCUCCUUCACUCUUUCACUGUUCUGUUCAAAUGGCACUUUGUACAAUUCUUUCAUGCACAUUUCUUUUCUCUUGAGCACUCUGUCAGUUGUUGCAAUUGACACAGAUCCAAUAUUGCCAAAUACACCGUUAUCCUCUAUGACAGCCCUUUGGGUUUCUUUCAACUUUAUUGCAUUGUUUGCAAUCACCAUUGCACAAAUGGCUUCCUCUUGCUGCGGGGUAAAAAGGGGCCCUCUUCCACCUCUGCGAGGUUGUCUUUCAAUCCUUUGUGGUGCAGAUUACAGUAAAAUUACAGUAAUCUACACUCAACAUGAGAUAUUAUGAGAUGUUGGAUUACUUUUCAAUACUAUACAUAUCUGUUCUCCCUAUGAAAUGUUUGAAUGAUUGAACUCCCAGUGGUUCUUUCAACAUUUGGUUGCACCCUCCCUCAUCCAUUGUGAGGCCAUGAUUGACAACAUGGUCAACAAGUGUUGCCCUAAUUUCAUUAGGAAUCGGCCCAUGUAUUUUGGCGUCUUCUCCCUCUUCCCCUGUUUUUUCCCCCCCUCAUCCUCACCCCUCUUCCACGAUGCUGACCUUCCUGUCCUGCUCAGUUCAUAUAGGCUUCCCAAUUGAGGGUUCAUGGGAUUGAUCCAUGAGUGAUUGUGAACAAGCGUGUAUGUGUUUCCUGUUUUACUUUGAAGGUCUCUGUCUGAUGUCAGUGCGUUCUCUUUACGUUUCCCCCGCCUCGUCAGCUGGGAUGUCUCCCAGGUGUGUUUCCCUCCUGUUUCCCAUCCCCUGAUUGCUGGUCUGUGUAUUUAUAGUGUGUGUUCCCUCGUCCUCGUUGCAUUAUUCCCCUCCAUCAUUCUGUGUAAUUCCCUGUGUAUCCCUACAUCGCCAUUUCUGGUUAGUCUCUGUUAGUUUUUCCCUGUUUAGGUCGUACUUCUUCAGGUUUCUUGAAGGGCAUUCAAAGCUCUUCUUCAGAUGAAAGACAUGUGGAUGAGAAAGAACCAGUACUUUCUGAUCAAUGUCAUUGCUGGAUUUAUUAAAGAGGAAAAAGACAUACAUGUUUUAGCCAUGAGCCAUCAUUAGCAUAACGUAAAACAAAAAGCAGUGACAAUAUAUGCCUAUUGUCACUGGUCCAAACGCCUAUUCGAGUCCUCUCAUCAAACACUGAAUAAUCAUAUAUCUUUGUGAGAAUAAUUUGAGCACACUCCCAAUGUCAGUAUCACUUAAAGACAAUCUUAUUAGAAACAUAAUAAAAUUGUGCAUUACAAAGUUUUCAUUGAUUUUAAAAGAAUGUAUGUAACAAUCUCUAUGUGAGUUUUCAAGGUUGCUGACGUGACAUUGCAAAUGCGUGUGUGGUGUGUCGAACCAUGUUGGAAAAAGGUCAGGAUGAAGUCUAUGAACCUUCACUAUCAUUAACUUUGACAGGAUUACCCCGUUGACUCACUCAAUCCCUGACACUGGCUCAAGAAGUAAUGAACAGCCUAGCUAGUGUACUAUUCCCUGUAGCUUCAUAUUAUCACGUCGCUGUGGCGACUAAACAACAAGACGUGGAACCAUAUGAUAAAAAUCCAGGUUGGUCAGGUUUGUAACACUUGCACCAAAGCCAUACUGCCAUGAACUAUGUGACUGGAUUGUGACACCCUGUUUUUGUUUUCAUUCAUUUUUAAAGUUAUACAAUGAUUUAAUGCACACAAUAAUGCAGGUUAACAAUACAGCUUGUAUUUAAUGACCGGCUCAGUCAUCUCCGUCUCUGUCGUCGCCGCCGCUGCCUUCCGCUGCCUUCCGCUGCCUUCCGCGCGGCCGGCCUCCGGACCGGCUCAGUCGUCUCCUUCGCCGACGACGGGUAGCAGUCAUGUGUCUUUCCAAGAAAAUGUUCUCGAGUUCAAAGAUUAAAUCUGAGCAUAGUUCAUGGUUUGAAUGCUGCUAUGUUCAAAUGAACAUGCUGCUAUAGAGAUUCUCUUUACUUUUCAUGUAGAUCCUUCUCAUUAAAAUACGCUGAUAAAAGUUGUACAAAAGGUUAGACCCUUCUCAGUCUUAUCAAUAGACAAUGGGGCCGCAUUAUAAGACCUGUUAAUAUUCUUUCCUGAGGAAGAAACCUCACCAGAUACUGUGCCUUUUGCAAAACACUGAAGACAAGAGUCAAUCUCAUUUGUGAGUAGGAAUGAGAAUUGAUAAGAAUUACAUCCAAUUCCAUUAUCGAUAUUACUUAUCGAUUCGAUUCCUUAUUAAUUCUCGAUUCUAGAUUGGGUUCUCACUAGCUCUGCAUUUAGAGUUACCACCAUCACUAAGCAGCAUAUCAAAGACAUUACAUUUGUGCAAAUUAAUUGCAUGUUGUCUGGUCAAAUGUUCGCGUACGCUGGAGGUAUUUCAUCUCUUUGUUAAGAUUAGUGUCAGGUCAAUACUCAAAAAAGUAACACUUUUAUUAAAGGUAAUGCAGUACAUUACUUAAUUACUUCAAGAAGAAAAUAAUUCAUUAUACUCCUCAUUACAUUACUUUCAUCUUACUCUGUAAAAUGAUCUGAAGUACACUGUCUUAUAAUAACCAUUUCACAAUAUAAACUUGAGGCUACAGCCCGACACACCAACACAAAUCCCUAUCCUGAUGAAGACACAUAUAUGAAGAGAAAGCCAACAGCACAAAUGAAAGAGGAAGCAUAUGUUUCUUCUACUGUAGAAACAUGCACUGAUAGAAAUGGAGGCUGCAGCCUGACUGCUCAUCCGUUUGUUACCUGAUGAAGUUCAGCAUCAGCUUCACCGCAGCUCACAAAU